UUUCACUUAAUUUUUCCUCUGCUCUCUGUAUAAAACCCCCUUGCUUCUCAGAGAAUCACUGUAAUUACAAACAAGAAUAAAAUUGUGUUUAACCAAUUUCAGAGAGAAAGUGUCGGCGGAAACAACUGCAAGAAGGGGGAGUAAAUGGGUGUAAUUUUUGCAUCUCUUUUGCUAUUUUUUCUCAUUGUAUUGUCGUAUAUUUAUUUAAACAGAACCAAGAGGGCAGGCAUUAGAGAUGGAGCUAAGCUCCCUCCUGGUUCUUUAGGGUGGCCUUAUAUUGGAGAAACCCUUCAGCUCUAUUCGCAAGACCCUGAUUUGUUCUUCGCCGCCAAACAGAAAAGGUAUGGGGAGAUUUUUAAGACGCAUAUACUUGGAUGUCCUUGUGUGAUGUUGGCUAGCCCCGAGGCGGCGAGGUUCGUGCUGGUUACACAGGCUCAUUUGUUUAAGCCUACUUACCCCAAAAGCAAAGAGCGUUUGAUCGGCCCAUCUGCCUUGUUUUAUCACCAAGGCGACUACCAUUGCCGCCUUAGGAAACUGGUUCAGAACUCUCUUUCUUUGGACGUCAUCCGGAGCCUGGUCCCCGAUAUCGACUCCGUAACCACCUCCGCUCUCCACUCCUGGACCGGUACCCAGCUUAUCAACACUUUUCAUGAAAUGAAAAAGAUAUCCUUUGAAGUUGGGAUAUUGGCCAUUUUUGGGCAUUUAGAAGCUGCUUACAAAGAGGACCUGAAAAAAAACUACAGCAUUUUGGACGCAGGCUACAAUUCUUUCCCCACCAACAUUCCUGGAACUCCAUACAAAAAGGCACUCUCAGCUAGAAAGCGGCUAAGUAAAAUCUUAGGUGAUAUAAUCCACGAAAGGAGGGAGAAGAAGGUGGGCAAGAAGGAUCUUUUGGGGUGGUUUCUGAACUCCAUAGAUGAAGAAGGUGAAGCUAUGAGCGAUGCCCAAAUAGAAGAUAACAUAAUUGGGGUGCUUUUUGCGGCUCAAGACACCACAGCCAGUGUCAUGACUUGGGUCGUCAAGUACCUUUAUGACCAACCCAAGCUUCUUCAAACGCUAAAGAAAGAGCAAGAGGAAAUUUUAGAGUUCAAUUGCCAAAAAAAUCAACAGUUGAAUUGGGUUCAGACAAGAAACAUGCCCAUGAGUUAUAAGGUAGUAUUGGAGAGCUUAAGGAUGGCGAGCAUUAUAUCAUUCACAUUCAGGGAGGCUGUAGCUGACGUGGAAUACAAAGGGUACUUGAUUCCAAAAGGUUGGAAGGUGAUGCCUUUGUUUCGAAACAUCCAUCGCAGCCCAGAAUAUUUUGCCGAUCCUCACAAAUUCGACCCUUCUAGAUUUGAGGUUGCACCGAAACCCAAUACGUUCAUGCCAUUUGGCAGUGGAGUUCAUGCCUGCCCAGGGAAUGAGCUUGCCAAGCUGGAGAUCUUGAUCCUGAUUCAUCAUCUAGUCACCAAAUUCAGGUGGGAAUUAGUUGGUUCGCAAAACGGGGUUCAGCAUAGUCCAUUUCCUGUUCCCUUUCAAGGCCUUCCAGCACGAUUUUGGAAUAUAGCCCACCAGAAGACCGUACAUACCAAAAUGGACCCGAACUAAGUGGACCAAUCUUCCACCCAAUAGCAAAACCCAAGCCCGAGUCCAAAUACAAGUCCAGGCCCAUGCCCGAAUCCGAAU